AUGGUGGACAGGAAGGGUCUGCAAUCUGAACAUGAGAAGUGCUAUAGCGACAGUGUGGCAAUGCAGUUGUCUAAACCUUCCAUUAUAAUUCAUGUCGAUCAGACCUUAAACCAUGAGAUCAGUGUGAGGGGAGAUAACACUAACGCUGAAGGGAGGCUUACGCUUGCUGAUGCUUUGGUCUAUGCUUGUAAUCAAGGUGUUGACAAGAUUAUUGAUCUGGCAACACUAACCGGUGCCUGUGUUGUUGCACUUGGGCCUAGCAUUGCUGGAAUCUUCACACCAAGUGAUGAACUAGCCCAGGAAGUCACUGCUGCAUCUGAGUUAUCUGAGUUAUCCGGGGAGAAGUUCUGGAGAUUCCCUAUGGAGGAAAGCUACUGGGAGCAGAUGAAGUCUGGUGUGGCUGACAUGGUCAACACGGGCGGUCGACAGGGCGGUUCCAUCACAGCUGCCCUGUUUUUGAGAGAAUUUAUUUCCAAUAAACACAUCCAUUCUUACGGGAGCUAA